AUGUCUGACAACAAAUCAAAGUUUCUAGCGGAGUUCCCCAAGAUUGUUGACGAAUUGAAGCAAGAUUUGGCUCAAUAUGGUAUGCCAUCAGAUGCAGUCGAAUGGUACGAGAGGAGUUUGAACUACAACACUCCAGGUGGUAAAUUGAACAGAGGAUUGUCAGUUGUGGAUACUUUUGCCAUCUUGAAGGGUACCACAGCUACUCAAUUGCCCUCUGAACAGUACAGUAAGCUUGCUCUAUUGGGUUGGUGCAUUGAGCUUCUACAAGCCUACUUCUUGGUUGCCGAUGAUAUGAUGGAUCGCUCAAUCACUAGAAGGGGUCAACCAUGUUGGUACAAAAUCGAGGAGGUCAAUGAGAUUGCCAUUAACGAUGCCUUCAUGUUAGAAGCUGCCAUUUACAAGUUAUUGAAGAGCCAUUUCCGCAGUGAACCUUACUACAUCGAUCUAGUGGAAUUGUUCCACGAAGUCACCUUCCAAACAGAAUUGGGUCAAUUGCUAGAUUUGAUCACUGCACCAGAGGAUAAAAUUGACUUGAGCAAAUUCUCUCCUGCCAAACACUCGUUUAUCGUCAUCUUUAAGACGGCCUACUACUCUUUCUACCUGCCAGUGGCAUUAGCCAUGUACGUGGCAGGUAUCAGUGAUCCUAAGGAUCUAAAACAGGCUCAGGACGUAUUGAUCCCAUUGGGUGAGUAUUUCCAAAUACAGGAUGAUUAUUUGGACUGUUACGGUACCCCAGAGCAAAUUGGUAAGAUAGGUACCGAUAUCCAAGACAACAAGUGCUCUUGGGUGGUCAACAAAGCUCUAGAACUUGCCAACGCGCAACAGAGAAAAACCCUGGAUGAGAACUAUGGUAGAAAAAAUGCUGACAGCGAGCAGGCAUGCAAAAAGGUCUUCCAGGAAUUAAACAUCCAACAGCACUAUUUGCAAUACGAGGACUCCGUCGCCAAGGAAUUGAAGACCAGAAUUUCCCAGGUCGACGAAUCUCGUGGUUUCAAGCAAGCUGUGCUCACCGCCUUCUUUGAUAAAAUCUACAAAAGAUCCAAAUGA